UCUUAUUAUUUACUUGUUACAUCUCUCUCUCUCUCUCUCCUUAUAAAUACACGCCCCACCUAUAACUACCGCAUCAUUCCACAAUUUUCCAAGCACAUUUUUUCUUUGUUCCUCAUUUGGAAAAGUCUUCUCUCUUCUUCUUGGUCCUCUCCUCUUCAUUGUUUUCUUUUUUUUUUUUUCGUUCUUUCUGCAAUUACAUUCCAAUUAAAGCCGGCGAUCAUGACCACUAUGUUGGUGCUUUUCUUGACGGCGUUCGCCGCCGUCUUGAGCUCCUCCGUUGCCGAUCCCGACUUGCUUCAAGAUGUUUGCGUUGCGGAUCUCAAUUCCGAGGUUAGGGUGAACGGAUACGCGUGCAAGAGCUCGGCGAAUAUAAGCGCGGACGACUUCUUCUCCACCAUACUCGGGAAGCCAGGAGCGACAAACAACACCUUCGGAUCGCUGGUGACGGGAGCGAACGUCCAGAAGAUUCCAGGCCUCAACACUCUCGGCGUCUCCCUCUCCCGCAUCGACUACGCUCCCGGCGGCCUUAAUCCGCCCCACACGCACCCACGCGCCACCGAGAUCGUCUUCGUCCUCUACGGAGAAUUGGACGUCGGGUUCAUAACCACCGCCAACGUCCUCGUGUCGAAGACGAUAAAGAAGGGAGAGAUCUUCGCGUUCCCGAAGGGACUGGUUCACUUCCAGAAGAACAACGGCAAGGAUCCCGCCGCCGUAAUCUCCGCCUUCAACAGCCAGCUGCCGGGGACUCAGUCGAUCUCUACCACGCUCUUCGGCGCGUCGCCACCGGUGCCGGACAAUGUUCUGACGAAGGCGUUCCAGAUUGGGACUAAGGAGGUUCAGAAGAUCAAGUCCAGAUUUGCGCCCAAGAAGUAGAUGAGUCACACUGAGAUUUGUUUGUUUGUGUUUUACUGUAAUAAUGUGUGUAUUGUUGUGGCCUUUUUUGGGACUUGUUUAUAAGGUUUGGUCUGUUUUCGGGUGUUUUUUACUUUUUGCCAUUCAUAGAAAAAUAAAAAUUUAAAAAGGAUAUAAAAGGAUGAUUGAAAAUGAACAUUGAUUUCUCGGGUGCCCAAUUUUUUGGACAUUUUCACUUCA